AUGAUUGAAUCUAUCUUGCCGGCUAUUGUCAACAACUGGCCUAUAGCGCUGGUCGUUGUUGUUGUGGGCUAUCUCCUCAGCAAUUAUUUCAACCACGGCCUCAACAAGUAUCCUGGGCCAGUGUUGGCUAGGUUUACGGACUGGUGGAGGUUUUUCGAUGUCUACGGACGACGACCAGAUAUUACACACCUUAAAUUGCACCGCCAGCAUGGAGAUGUUGUCAGGCUCGGACCGAAUGCACUCUCAUUUGCAAACCCGAAGGCGUUGAAGACCAUCUAUGGCCUGAACAAGGGCUUUACUAAGUCUGGAUUCUAUCCGGUACAGAUGGGCGUCAGCAAGGGCAAGCGACUGCCUUCGCUUUUCUCCACCACAGACGAGUCGUACCAUGCAAAUCUUCGCAGAUCUGUUAACAAUGCAUUCUCGAUGAGUCAAUUGGUCCAGUAUGAGCCUGGCGUCACUGAAUGCAUUGAGGUCUUUCUGGACCAGACAGAGAAACUCUAUGCCAAGACCGACAAGGUCUGCGAUUUUGCAGAAUGGCUUCAGUAUUUUGCAUUCGACGUCAUUGGGUACAUCACAUACAGCAAGCGACAUGGCUUCAUAGAGAGAAAUGAGGAUGUCGACGGCAUGAUUGCAUAUCUCGGGCGCUUAUUCUCUUACGUAGCACCGAUUGGACAAAUACCCUGGCUAGACCUGCUCUUUUUGAAAAAUCCAGUGGUCCUUUUACUUGAUCGACUCGGAGUCAAACUCUUUGCGUUUCCGGUUGCAACGUUUGCGGUUCAGCGAAUGCAGGAGAGACUCGCAGAAAUGGAGGCGCAGGGUAUCGAGAAAGGGACGGAGAAGCCAGAUCUCUUGUCCAUGUUUCUCAAGGCGCAACGCGACCGCCCAGAGUUCAUGACCGACCAGAGAGUUCUCACCAUGGCAGUGUCGAUGGCAUUCGCAGGGUCCGAGACUACAGCUAUCAGUUUAGCCGCGGUGUUUUAUUAUCUCCUUCGUAACCCCCGGUGCUACCAGAAACUGAUGCAGGAAUUGGACGAAGCUGUCGAGGAAGGGAGGAUUGCAGAUACGCCUACAGGGACAAUCACGUGGGCCGAAUCCCAACAGCUCCCUUACCUCGACGCGUGUAUCAAAGAAGCAUUCAGGAUGCACCCGGCUGCAGGCUUGCCUCUGGAGAGAGUCACACCACCACAAGGGAUUGAGAUCGACGGCCACUUCGUUCCCGGGGGUACGAUUGUCGGUUGCAAUGCGUGGGUUAUCCACAAACGCGAAGAGGUCUUUGGGUCUCAGGUCGACAGCUAUAUUCCCGAGAGGUGGCUCGACGUGGGAAAGGAGCAGCUCAAGGAAAUGAACGGCACUCUAUUCCAGUUCGGGGCUGGCUCCAGAACCUGCAUCGGAAAGAACAUCAGUCUGCUGGAGAUGUACAAGUUGAUUCCGGCUUUCCUGCGUCGCUUCGAGGUACGUUUCGACAAUCCCAACCGGGAAUGGAAACUACACAAUGAAUAG